CGGAAUAGGACGCAAACAUGGCGGAGAGCAUGCAGAGUACGGAUGACGUCAUGGCGGCUGACGUCCUCAUCCUCCACAAGAAGAUCACAGCUGCUUUUGAAGCGUUUGACUACAACACGAGCAGCGCAGUUGAUGUGCGGGAGAUUGGCACCAUCAUCUAUUCACUGGGUUGCUUUCCCACUCAGAAAGACAUACACGAGUUUAUAGCUGAGGUAGAAGACAAUCACACAGGAUGUGUCCAUCUGGACAAGUUUCUCCCAGCCAUGACCCAAGUACUGCUAGAGCACAAGUUUCCUCCUAUCCCUGAGGACACUCUGCUUCAAGCCUUUGAGGUUCUGGACAAAGACGAGAAGGGAUACAUGAAUUCUGAGGAUAUUACUGAGCUCAUGACUAAAGAAGGUGACACCUUCACACAGGAGGAGAUGACGGAGAUGCUGACAGCUCUUGCUGAUAAUGAGGAGAAGAGAAUCUAUUACAAUGAUGCAAUCAGCCAGUUGACCUUUGACCCGGACAUGUAACCAGGGUUAGUGUGUGCAUGUUAAUGGUUUGUGUUCAUGUUGAUGUUUUACAGACAAUGAAUGGACAAACAUGUUCAAUUUAAAUCCUGAUUUUUUUUUUCCACUGCUGUCAGUGAUGCGUUUCUUUUGCUGACAUUUCCAUUUUUUUUCCCUUCCUUCUCUUUGUAACCUCAUGAUUUGCCUAAAUCUACAAGCGCAGAGGACUCUCUGUCUCUGUGGGGAGAUCUGGCUCAUUAUUAGCUGUACGAUCAUGGACUUCAUUGACAGCAACUUUAAUGCAACUAAAGUAUUAGUCCAAAGUUUCCUCAAAUGGUGUGUACCCAACAUAUUGAUUCAGUCAUAUAAGAAGUUUGUUAAUAAUCUGAAAUUGUGAUAUAAAUCAGUUAUUUCUUUAUAAUGAAGAUGUAUGUGUCUCUGCCACAAAAGUACAAUAACAAACACAUUUCGUGUCAAUGAACAAACAAAUGAAAAACAAACAAACAACACAAUGAUUGCUUUAUCAGCGCAGCAUUUUUUAUGAUCUUGCAUUGAAUAAUCAACAUGCAUGAAACAGCACAGCUUUGGAUGGGUUACAUGAAAUCAUCUGGAGCCUAAAAAUUAUGAUAUGGUCACAAACACGUGCAGUUCUGUGAUUUUAAGCAUGAACACAUGCAAAUGGUUCCAUCAUAAAUGGAGGAAUCUGCCUUUUCAAUUUUCUUAAACUGUGACUAAGUACUUUGAAAAGAAUGAUUCAGGAAAAAAGUGGCAGAUACCUCCAUUUAUGUUUGACUGUAAACUGCUUAAUGUUUUCUUCUGCGAUGAGACCCAAACUUUAACCCGCAUUGCGCUAAUUUCACAGUAAUAAUGUGACCCGUUACUCUCAGCGUCCAGUCACUGUGUGAGACGAAAAACGUGAGAAAAUAAAACAGCAAUAGGAACGAUAUCUGAAUGAAAAGGUCCCUUUUCACUAAAAACACCAGUUAACACAAGUAUGGCUCCAUCCAUUCACCUUCAGCAUCAACAAAUCAGUACAGUACAAUGAAAGUGAUUCCUUUACCCUUAGAUUCAUAGUCUGCAUUUGCAUUGUAACAUAAAUAACCGUCUCAAAGGGGAAAUAUAAAUUAUAUUGCAUAUUAAUGUGAAACCCAUUAACAUGAAAGAAACUGCAGUUUUGUCUGUGGUGGAAUGUUUGAUUUAAACAAAUAAGUCCAGUUUCUUCUCUAAAUAUAAAUGGAACUUAAAAUGAUUUACAUCCUAAAAGAUAAUGAUGUUGGUCAUGUUGGGACAAUUUGCAACUUUUUUUUUUAUCUUUCAAGUGAUCUCUGAACCUCCACCAGCCUGGGGGAAAGGUCACUAAAUAACUACCUAAACCUAAACCCUAAAAAAGGACAAUAACUGGAAUAAAACGUGUCAACAUGAGCACAACCUUUCAGGUCUUGCAGAGUUGGUUCUAAGCACGCAUGUCCCUCUUCCCCCAAAAUAUAUAUCCAACAAACCAAAUUGCUUCAUCAUAAAAUAAAUAAAAAAAUUAAAAUGUGUGUGAAGUUUCUCAUCAUCAAAUGUAGACUUAAUCUUGAAUUGCACCAUUAUUAUCAACCAGUCAGAAUUAUAGCCAUCUGAAACUGGGAUUGCAGAUUAUCUGCAUUAAGAUAUAAAUAUCUGUUGUGAGAAACCAAUUACUUCUAUUUAUAUUGUAUAUACACACAGUGCUUAACACAUUUUUUAGACCACCUGUCAUAACAACAAGAAAACACAUAUUUCUAGAAAUCUUUCAAAAAGUAGUUUGAAUGUUAUAUAACCAAAUUAGAGCUGGAUCACUGAGCUUCACUGCGAAUUUAGAAAUAAAUCAAGCAUAACAUUCAACCACUAAAACUUUUUCUGGAAUGCAAGUAAAUAACUAUAAUUUGACAUCUUAAUCAAAAAAAAAUAAUGCGCUUCACUAUUUUUUUAUGUAAAACAAUAAAUUUGAAAAUUCAUGGAUAACAAAAAUUAUUCCAGUUACAGAGCUUCUACAUACUGGUGUAUUGACUAUUACAGAAACAUAAACAUUUAUUUUGAUCAUUACUUACGCUGCUUCUUACAUUGGGUGGUGGUCUAAUAAAGUGUUAAGCACUGUUUAACUAUAAUAAUAAGAGCCUAUCAACAUGAAAAACAUGAAUAUUAACUAACAACUGGGAGAUGAGACCGUUUCUCUGGUAAACCUGUGUACUACGGCUUUAAUAAAGAUUCAUGAUCAGUGGUCAGUA